ACAAAAGUGAUGUUUAACACCAGAAACUGAGCUUCCAUUAGUGCCAAAAUAAUAAGAAUUUUAGUUUAUAAGGCUGGAUUUUGUUCUUGUUUUUCUGUUUUCCAUACAAUCCAACAUCAGGUUCAACAACACAAAGGAAAAACAAGGUGAAGGACACAGCAGACAAGUGUAACGACGCUGUGAGAGAGAGAGAACAGACAAGAAAAAUACACUCCGGUGAGAGCUGCUUUUAUUCUGCGGUAAAAAAAAGAAAGAAAAAGUGAGCCAGUUUAUCUCAGGACACAUCGACAUUCAGUUCAACCGUCGGUUUCCGAGGUCGAGUUUGGUGAAUCUGCAAAACAUGUUUUAAGGUACUGAACUUUGUUUGAAUUUACUACCUAUGUCUAUUGAAAAAGGGAAAGGAACCCUGUUUCAGCCCUCUGUGACUCACCAAGAGCAGUAACAAAGUACAGGCACAGAAUAGCGGGGUUUCCCUAUGACGUCAGCCAUCGCCCCUCCUCCUUGUACAGAAGACAGAAACUGGAGGUUCCGCUUUUCGUUUCAUGAGGACGCGCGCGCGACACCGACUGUCUCUCUCCGUCUCAGUGGACAUGUGGCGUGGUUAUCUGUUCCUGUUUGCUCUCUUCGCAGCGCUACAGCUAAUAAGCUCAGAGGAGAAUCCUAUAGUGCGCUAUGUGCACGGGAUUGUGGGUAAAAGUGUACAUAUGCGAUGUGUGCUGGACCACCCACACAGCAUUGAGAGGGUUUACUUCCAGAAGAAAAAUGGUAGUGGAACUGAGAUCUUUGUCAAUGGGUUUUAUAACAGAUGGCUUGAUGUGAGUCCUAUGUACAUAAAUCGCACCAUCAUCAACAAGACAGAAGUCAGCAUGGAGCUGCUCAACCUCUCUCUUGACGACGAAGGAGAGUACAGCUGUAUCCCCUUUUCGUAUAACGCAAAUCCAACAAACACAACCAAGUUUUAUCUCACAGUAACAGCCACUUACAGCAUUCCCAACAUAUCCGUCCAGGGUUGCGGAAUCGAUUCAGGAGCCUAUAACUGCGUGAUUACGUGCUCCUCAUCGGGAGGAUUCCCCCAAAGCAAUGUAACCUGGCAUAUGGCUGGAGGCAACAUGAGGAGUCUGCUGAGGGAUGAAGGAGAACUUGAACUUGCACAAGACAAGCAGUCCAGACUUUGGAGUGUGUUUAAAUAUGUUUCGCUUAAUUGCACCCAACAGGUGAACAUAACCUGCUCUGUUGGGGGAGUUGUGUCACAGGCAGUCAGUCUGUGUACACCUGUGAACAGCAUAGAUAUUACAGCUGUCGCGUGUAUUGUGCUGCUGUUGGUUUCCUUUAUAAUUAUCAUUAUUAUUGGUAUAAAGUGCAGAACAACAACGAACAGAACAGAAGAUCCCACAACAGAUGCUGAGCUUGCGACUUUAAAGUCAGGCUGGAUGAACACGGCGAAACACACACUUUCUGAAAACUUGAACUGAAGAUCCGUGUGUGUGUCUGUGUGUUUGUUUGUGUGUGUGAUGGGCAGAUGAAGAAGCAGACGGACCGUCUGAGAGUCUACACACACUCAGCUAAAGGACAAGUGCAGUUUGAAGUCAGACUGUGGCUACUGCCGGAAGAAACAACCACAGCACAUGCUAACACGUUUUCCUUUCUUUCUUUUUUUUAAUAUUAAUAGUUCUGUUUUAAAAAACUGUUUUUCUGUCCGGAAGAACUGUUCAUUCUGUUUUUUUUUUGUUUUUUUAAAUGAAAUGUGAUAUUUCAUAUUGAAUAUGAUGACAUUUCAUAAGACUGACAAUCAAGGUUAGCGUGCAGGAUUCAGGCUCAAUUAGCUUAACAUUCUGGUAGAUUAGCAUAACACUCCUCCGGCAUAGCACUCACCUUAGACAGCUUAGCAUUUAGAGACUUGAUAUACCAUUCGAGAUUAUCUACGAGGAAUAGUAACUUAACAUAUUGGCUUGCUAGCUAGCUAGCUACUGUUGAAACACAGUGUAAACAUAGUUCAACUUCUGUGAAUCAAACCUUCCUGGAACUUCUCAGGAAAGAAAAUGGCUACCAUUUUCCAGAAAGAAGUAUUAAAGCUGUGUUUCUUUCUCGACCUUAAAGUCCAAAGGUUAUGCAGUCCUAUGUUUAGAUGUAGUGCACUAUUUAAAACCGUGAAUACCUCUGAGAAUAAAGUGUGGAACACUGGACGUUGGACACAGCGAGCAAGGACGCAGCUACACCUAUGGCUGUUUGAUUCCAGAGUUUGGGAAUCGUUGGAGUCGAUUCUGUGAGUCGAUUCCUUGUAAAAGUUUUCUUAAUUCCAAAAACCAAAACAAAGGAGAAAAGAUCCGUCAGAAUUAGUAGUGCAAUAUUAAUUAAGUGUGUGAUACAGCUUUAAACUGCCGUUACAUGUUUUGUACUGAACAGUGUUUCGCUAAUUACAGGAAAAAUGCAUUUCCCUCCACGUCGAAUCCAACAUUUGGAAUAACUGGCGAUAUUUCAGCACGCAGUAAAAAAAGUUCAACUCUGGAAAUUAGCUAGCUAGUUACUAGUUACAUAACGUGGCUACACUGUGGAAGAUUUUGUUUCAUUUGAGCGUCUGUGGUGCAAAAACUGACAGUUUAAUUGGCUAGCAAGCCAAAUAAGAGAGCGACCAUUAUUAGAGCAAAGUUUUAACUUCCGACAGCUGCUCCGCCCAGGCGUUGUGGUUUGAUUUGAUUGACAGUUUAUGUUGCAUAUUUAAUGUUGUGCUCCAACUACAUCGUCACUGUGUGGAAUCAAGUCCCAAGCUUUGGAGUUAGCUCUCAAUUCCCAACUGCAUGGAAUCAGGGAUUGGCUCCCAGCCCCUAAAGCACAAACGAAGCACAGGGAACAUUCUAGAACCUUAAACCAGUGGUGAACAAGUUUUGUUGUAUUUUUGCUGUUAAACUACUAAUUAUUCUAGAAGAGUUCGCUAGCUAGCAUAACUAGAGUAGUCUACAAGUUGCCUAGUUUACCUUUCUAGCGCAUUCUAGAACAGGGGUCCCCAACCACCGGGCCGGGGACCAGUAUCGGGCCGCAAAGAAACAAAGUUAUAAUUUUAUAUAUAUAUAACUUAAAAUUAUAUGUAUUUUAUUUUGAAAAAUUCCCACUUCAAUCCAUGCCACACCCCCGCAUUUGACUCAGUCGCAGGUUUUUCCACACAUCAGUAAGUCCGCAAGCUACAAAUGUCACCACCCCCCACCCCCCGGGCCACCUUAAAAUGCUCCGGUAUCAAGCUGGUCCCUGGUACAAAAAAGGUUGGGGACCCCUGUUCUAGAACACACUUCAUGUUAUGAGCAUACUAGAACACCUACUGAAUUUACAUUCUAGACCAAUGUGUGCUCUACAAGAGUGAUACUUUCACCUUGUAGGUGUGGCUUAUGCAUUUUCCUAAUGCCAGUUCUCAUAAAGUUGGGUCAUGGGUUUUCAGUCACUUUAAGGAAAGUUCUCUGGGUUUAUUUUUAAUGCCACAUACUACAUGAAAUCUAUUAGUACAGUAUAUGGGAGAGGUUCUGGAGUCUAUACUAUGUUCUCCAUUAUCUACUUUACUUUAAUAAAAAAAAAAUAAAAAAAAGAUCUCACCAGUGUGGACAAAAAAUUUUGUGCUUGUUCACACCAAGACUUUUAGAAACUUCUUUCCGAAAGGAAACGUUCUGAUGUUUUAGUUUUGUAAAAGACAAUGGCUGGUUGUAUUUAUACUAAUACAAUAUAUAAAUUUAUUCUGUUUUUUAUUA